CCAUGUCCUGUACACAGUAUGUCGCAAUGAGAUCCGUCGAUGGCCGGCCGGACAGGCUCGGCCCUCGCUUGCUUCCCACAGCAUCGUUCUGAGAGAGCGUCUAAUCAUAGGCGGGAAGAGGUACACAAUCACACAACCGCUGACCGCGCCCCUCAUGCCACUCGACACGCGAACGGACAAGAGUGCUGGAAAGGUUCUGUCAAAUCUUCGAGGCUAAACUUUAUUGAUUGUCGCUCCCAGACUUUCCAAGUUAUCCAGUCAAAGCGACUUGGAGUUACCUGCGCCGCCAGGGCAGUUCCACUCCAUCUGCGAAGGGCCAGCCCAACAGGUGGGCACUGUUGUCGUCUCGCCUUGGGAGACUACGAUUAGGCGCUUCGAUGCACCAGCGAGGGCCAAAGCGCACUGGGGAAAGUUUGCUUCUGUUUGACUGGCCUGAUACCUCGAAACAAGCACACAAUGUAGCCUGAUCAGGCUCUGUAAGUCUUCAUUCGACGGGCCUGCUGCGAGCUGACGAUGAUAACGCCAACCGAAACGAGAUGGCAACUCUGGCUUCGAAAAUCCGAUGGCUACCACCUGCAUUCGUGUCUGCUUCUGUCCUUGCCUUCGGCAUUCACAUAUCACGGACGCCCAGCUGCAUGACCAGCCCUUCUGCGUCUGUGCUCGGUCGACGACAGGGCCAGGCUUUUGACCGCUACUCUACAAUGACAACUUCAGGCUGUGCCAUGUCGCGGUCUCGACCGAUUGACCAAUGCUGAUGCAUGAGCCGUGUGACACAGAAUGCUGCACGAGCUCGAGCGGGAAUAUUUUUCACUCACCACAAGUUCGCCUUUGACACAAUCUGAGGGUGGUAAGAGGCCCGCUAGGCAAGAAUGCUUCCCUUUGCGCUGCAAUUCUUAGGGCGCAUUGGUCCGUGGUCACAUUGCUAGCGUGUAAAUCAGCUGCAGCUUCGGAGGACCUCAUGACCGAUGCUGAGAAAGUGGUGGCCUCGACGCCAGCAACCAUUUCCCAACAGAUCAAACUGCUUGAUUUGCACCGGUGCAGUCUCAGCAAACCGACCGGCAGUUGAGCAUUCCAUUUUGCGUGCAGAAACCCCGGAAACCUGUCACCUACAGAGAACAACUGCAGCUGCUUCUGCUAGCGAAUCCCGGGGGGAGGGGCGUUCUCUCACCAAUUGUUGUAUGAUAGGGAGAUCUGCUUCUAAGUCAUCCUCUGGGGCGAAUAAUAGUGCCCGUGUGUUGGCCGCAAAUCGCUUGCAGAGGGCUGGCUCUCGCCUUCCCGCCACUUGGCUCCCCAAGUGUGGGAUGUAGUGCGGUCGACCGGGAAGCAUUCAGCGUCAAACAAAUUAUGCGGUGUCACAGGAAGAUCGCAGCCAUAGGAAUCGUUACACUAUUGGUCAACCAAAGGGUGCUUCAGCACACAUGAUUUCAUCCUACCUGAAUAUCACUUCCUGAGGUCGGAGUCCGGCUGCCGUGAGCUCCAACUAGCCAAGAUCGAAGCCUGUCUCCCAGUUCGGUGU